AUGGGCGGGCGAGCCAACAAGCAUGGUGUGCGCGCAGAGGCGGGGCCAGGGCUCACCCGAGCCACACCCACGUCCGCCCCGCCCCCAGGCAUCCUCUUUGCCCGCUAUGGGCGCGCCUGGCGGGAGCAGCGGCGCUUCUCCGUGUCCACCCUGCGCAAUUUCGGCAUGGGCAAGAAGUCACUGGAGCAGUGGGUGACCGAGGAGGCCUCGUGCCUCUGCGCCGCCUUCGCAGACCAGGCCGGACGCCCCUUUAGCCCCAACGCCCUGCUGAACAAAGCGGUGGGCAACGUGAUCGCCUCCCUCACCUUUGGGCGCCGCUUCGAGUACAACGACCGGCGCUUCCUCAAGCUAUCGGACCUCGCAAAUGAACAACUGAAGGAAAAUUCUGGCUUUCUGCCCCAGGUACGGGGGAGGAAGGCCCCAAGGAGCCCUGUGGGCAAGCCCCAUGCACAGGGAGGACCCAGGGCCCCACAUCUGUGGCCUGCACAGGUGGUGCACGCCAUACCAGUGCUCCUGCACAUCCCGGGGCUGGUCGACAAGGCUUUUCCUGCCCAGAGGGCCUUCAUGGCCCUGGUGGAUGAGCUGGUUGCUGAGAACAGGAUGACCCGGGACCCGGCCCAGCCUCCCAGAGACCUGACUGAUGCCUUCCUGGACGAGGUGGAGAAGGCCAAGGGGAACCCCGAGAGCAGCUUCAAUGAUGAGAACCUGCGCCUGGUGGUGACUGAUCUGUUCUUUGCUGGGAUUGUGACCACCUCGACCACGCUGGCCUGGGCCCUCCUGCUCAUGAUCCUGCACCCGGAUGUGCAGUGCCGUGUCCAACAGGAGAUCGAUGAGGUGAUAGGGCAGGCGCGGCGACCAGAGAUGGGGGACCAGACCCACAUGCCCUUCACCAUGGCUGUGGUCCAUGAGGUGCAGCGCUUUGGGGACAUCAUCCCACUGGGCUUGCCCCACAUGACAUCCCGCGACAUUGAAGUGCAGGGCUUCCGCAUCCCCAAGGGGACGGGGCUUUUCACCAACCUGUCCUCGGUGCUGAAGGAUGAGACCGUCUGGAAGAAGCCCUUCCGCUUCCACCCCGAGCACUUCCUGGACGCCCAGGGCCGCUUCGUCAAGCAGGAGGCCUUCAUGCCCUUCUCAGCAGGCCGCCGCUCGUGCCUCGGGGAGCCCCUGGCCCGCAUGGAGCUCUUCCUCUUCUUCACCUGCCUCCUGCAGCGCUUCAGCUUCUCGGUGCCCGCUGGGCAGCCCCGCCCCAGCGACCACGGUGUGUCUGGUGUACUGGUGACCCCCUCCCCCUACCAGCUCUGUGCUGUGCCCCGCUAG